UGCAAAUGAAAAAGAAAAUUUGGAAGUAGGAAGUACUGAUAAAAGCACUGAAGUAGUUUAUAGCCGAGAGGAAAAGAAAGAAGAGAAUGUGGAAAUGUCUAGUUCACCCACGGAGGGCACAGAAGAAGAAAGUACUGUAGAGGUAAUGGCCAGUCUUAUCUCCUCAGAAGCUCCAGCUAUGGUGAAAGAGGAAAUUUUUCAGAAAAUCUUGUCUGAAAAAGAGAAGUUACCAACAGUAAGCAUGCUGGAUUUUGCUGGCCAGUUAGCAUAUUAUGCCUGUCACCAAAUUUACGUAACACCAAAGGCUUUCUUUAUCCUUGUGUUGGACAUGACUAAGAGGUUUGAAGAUGUUGUCAGUAAAGAGAAAGAUAACCAAGAAGGAUCAAUCUUCUCUGUGUGGACUUACAAAGACUACUUGAAGUUUUGGAUAACCUCAAUCAAGACAUUUGGAGGCAAAAAGGCACCACUGUUUCUUGUUGUCACACACACGGAGAAAAAAUCUAAAGAU